AUGGCCCCUCAUUUCGGACAAGAAGCAAAUGCGAUUGAAGUGAAGCGCUCGAAAAAGUCAAUGCAGCAGUCGAUGGCGUCCUCGGAGGACGUGAUGUUGUAUCUGAAGACGAAGCACACACCAGUAGAGGUGCAUGUGGAUACGGUAAAUCCUGACACGUCAUCAAAUGUACACUCGGCGAAGCAUGAGAUUAAACACCAUUUGGAACAAGAUCCCGUGAAUGCCGUGACAAUCACGUCGUCUCUUGUACGUCGUCGUGAGCACAAUUUGCUGCGUCAAAUCUCCAUGAGGCUUUAUUUGAAAGGUAAACACGUGGCCGAUGAUGUGCUGCGCAAUGUAGCGCCCUUUCGUCUUGCAGAUGCCGAGGAAGUCUGCGGCGAUGCACAAUCAAGUUUAGAUCAUGAAGUUCGCAAUUUGAGAAAAACGAGAAAACAUUUAUGGCUGCCCAAGACGCAAGACGAUUCCGUGCUGCGGUCGUCGAAGCCGAUUAAGGACGUUGUACGCAAGAAGGACCAGUCAGCAGUCAAGGAGUUUUUCGUUUCUCGUGUGACUGAUCCAACUUCAUAUUUUUACCGCUUUCAUUAUGACCAUCACCGUCAUUUAGCUCCUCAGAAGGCGGAAGUGCAGCUAGUGGACAUACAAUGGCUGAAACCCCAUGAGCAAAUUGUGAGUUGGGAACGAGUGAAUGCAUUGAAGACGGCGACGCUAUCGUGGGAUGCUUACACGGAGCCUUUGCUGGUGGAUAUAAAAACCGGUGCCAUCUUAGACGGUCAUCAUCGCUACAAUGUGGCACUGCAGUUACGUCUUAAACAAGUACCAGCUGUGUUGGUAGACUACUUGGGAGAUCAAACGAUUCGUGUCGACGUGUGGCCAGGCUGUGGACGAUCACAGCUUACGAAGGAAGAGGUGAUUGCGAUGGCGCUAUCGCCCGAUGUGUUUCCACCCAAGACGAGCCGUCACAGAUUCACCGAAAGUCUGCCUCCUAUUUCAAUUCCGCUGUCGGUGCUGCGCCAGCCACCUCUUCCGAUCGAGGAAGUUACAAAACAAGUGACAACAUUGUCAGUACCCAGCAAAAAAUUGCAGGCGGGAGCACCGCGAGUGCUGGAGCGCAGACCCAGUCUUCAGCAAAUAUCCAUUCGCCUGAUCUGCGGUGCCCAAAACUUGGUAACAUCAAUGACCAAGAGUCUUUUUCGUGGGCGACUGCGCUAUCAUGAUCGACUUUGUGACUCAACCCAGAUGGACUUGAUCCGGCGGCCAUCCUAUGACACGAAGGAGUUUUUUAAUGCCAUUCGCGAGAAUGACCUGACGUCGAGCUUCUGUAGACAGAAGUCUGCGACACUGGAAGACCUUUUGUCGGACGAUACGGAUCGUCGCCAAAAGUUCUUUUUGACACGAAUAACCGAUCCGACAUCUUACUUUUACAAGUAUCACUUUGACGCUCGUCAAAAGCGGCAACCAAAGAGAUUGGGUGUGUAUCUAGCAUCACUACGAUGGCUGAAGGCACACGAGCACGUCGUGAGCUGGGACCGCGUUGACGGUCUUCGCCGCGCCACUGUUCAUUGGAAUGCUUACCUGGAGCCACUGCUUGUAGACAGAGCUACGGGUGCUAUCUUGGAUGGCCAUCAUCGUUACAAUGUGGGUAUCCAGCUAAAGUUGCAGUGUGUGCCAGUCGUAUUGGUUGACUACCUCGAGGAUGAAAUGAUAACAGUAGACGUUUGGCCCAAAUGCGGCCGCGAUUCGCUUACGAAAGAAGAGGUGAUUGAGAUGUCUCUAUCUGACGAUCUUUUUCCGCCCAAAACGAGUUGCCACUCGUUCUCAGACGAUCUACCUCCUAUUUCAGUGCCGCUGGAGCAACUACGUGUGCCUCUGGAGUACAAUUACAUUCCAUUGAAGUUGUAG